AAAUUCCCACUACCCUACGUGCCCUUUGAUUAGUGAAGGGAAAACUGCCUCUAUUUGCCCCUCUGCUCCCAGGCCCAUCAUCCUGGGAAUGUGGACUAUUUUCACACCUGCUUUUUGUGAGCUGGGCCUUGGGUGGGUUUGUGGAGGCAGAAGCCUGGGCCCACUUAGAAGCUGAACCUGCAGGCAGAGGGGGCCAGGAGACCCCCAGAAAUGCACAGGCUUCGAGCUGGGAGCCCAGUGAUCCUACUCUGCCUGAGCUAGCAUGGGGGUGUGAGCCAUGCCCACCGCUGCCCCUGCACCCAGGGCCUCGGGUUGGGCCUCUGCCUGCAGCAGUGAGGCCUGUCCUGGCUGAACCCUCCUGGCAGGUUCCACAUCAGUGCCCUGGCCCCUCCCCCCCCCUGUCAGGUGAGCUCAAGGUGGAGCAGGCAUGUGAGUGCCACCCCCCAAACCUCCUACCAAGCCAACCACAAAACCCCACCAACCCACAGCUGCCCAGCACAGUCCUGUGGGCAGCAGCAUGGCUGAGGAGCUGCAAGGAAGCUCUGACACAAGGCAGAGCAGUCAGAGAGCGGGCAAGAGAGGCAGGCCACGCGCAGAGGCAGCAACAGGCCUGGAUGCCAUGGAGCCGGACGAGCAGGGCUGGGCCCAGGCGCUGAUGUGCCGGCUCUGGACAGCCAUCAGCAAAGCCCUGUUUGCCGAGUUCCUAGCCACAGGGCUGUACGUGUUUUUCGGCGUGGGCUCAGCCCUCAGAUGGCCUUCGGCACUGCCCUCUGUGUUGCAGAUCGCCAUCACCUUCAACCUGGCCACAGCCAUGGCUGUGCAGGUCACCUGGAAGGCCAGCGGGGCCCACGUCAACCCCGCUGUGACGCUGGCCUUCCUCGUGGGCUCCCAGAUCUCCCUGCCCCGUGCGCUGGCCUAUAUCAUUGCCCAGCUGGCGGGGGCCACAGUGGGAGCUGCCCUGCUCUAUGGCGUCACUCCAGAUGACAUCCGGGAGGCCCUUGGGGUCAAUGUGGUCCGAAGCAGCGUCUCCACUGGCCAGGCAGUGGCAGUGGAGCUGGUCCUCACCCUGCAGCUGGUGCUCUGUGUCUUUGCGUCCACUGACAGCCGGCAGACAUCAGGCUCACCGGCUGCCAUGAUCGGAAUCUCUGUGGCGUUGGGUCACCUCAUUGGGAUCUACUUCACCGGCUGUUCUAUGAACCCAGCCCGCUCCUUCGGUCCUGCUGUCAUUGUUGGGAAGUUCACAGUCCACUGGAUCUUCUGGGUAGGACCCCUAACAGGGGCCAUCCUGGCUUCGCUGAUCUACAACUUCAUCCUGUUCCCUGACACCAAAACCCUGGCCCAGCGACUGGCCAUCUUCACGGGCACCACAGAAGUGGAGAAAGUGGCCGACAGGGACCCUGAGAAGAGAGACUCACAUUCCACCUCAGAGGACACAGAAAUGGAGAGCGUGUGUCAGACUCCCUAGAACAUGCCCCCCACCCCAUACUUCUGAGAGGAACCUGAAGGGGGCAGCAUGUACCACCCGCCUUCAGUGUUUCCUCUGAGGGAAAGGGGGAGGGCUGACUAGGUGGGGUGAGGAGGCUUCACCCCUUAUCCUCAACAGAGACAUCAGUUCCUGUCCCUGGCAUUACAUUUCUAGAUAGAAAGGUGGAGCAGAGGAGGUCAGGAGAGUUCAGGAGUGUCUUCUCCCUCACUUAUGUGCCAGGUCCUCCAGACCCCCAAGUCUUAAAGGAAAGGGAACUGUUGCCCAGACUGUCAUUCUGCAGAGACAGAGAGGGUUCAAGAGACCUCAGGAACCCAGCUUCUCACUAAGCUCCUCAAAGGGGUAUUUCUGCUUUGAAGAGUGGCUUUGUGACUCUGGCUCAGAGUAGGGCUUCCUGGGACAGAAACUGCCUUCCACCGAGCUCCGAGCUCCUCCAGCAGCUCAGGAGAGGUUCUCCUCCCUUGGGAAGAGCUGACAUGGAAGAGGAGUCUUUUCUGGGGGCUGCAGGAGGGCAGGAUGCAGGCUGGGGGAGGGGGGGGCUGAGGUCAGGCACCCUUUCCAGCUCAGGCUCCUUCACCAUAGAGCCCACUCACAGAACAAUCCUGAGAGCAAGAAGUCCCCAUCCCAGCCCUCACUUCCUGACCUAAGCAGGAGAAGUUAUCUCUGGCUUUUUUUCAACUCUGCUGGGAUCCUCAGAAAAGUUGUUGAAUAAGUUCCAAGGAUGACAGGAACUCAGAAAAAAACCCAUGCAGCCAAGAUCUGCAGGUCAACACCUUGGAAAGACAACUGGCAUCGGUGGGUCUAACCUAACAAGCUGCUGUCAGUCUACUAAGCUGCCCAUCUGGACCUUAAGCUUCCCUGGCUGUAAAAUGGGCCCAACCUCCCCACAGCCCAGACUGCUGCAAAAGAAAACAAGAGAUUGGAAAAUGGUUUUGGAAGUUAAAAUGCUAGAAAAAACAACCUCAAUAAAGGAUGAUGAUGGUUGAA